AUGUCCUUUUUUAUAAAUGGAAACAUAUUUCUUUAUAUAGUGUUUAUUCUUGUACACAAUGGAAAUGGAGAGGAGUGCACAAAGGUUAAAAGUGACCAAUACUAUUCAUGUGAAGGGAGGAAUCUGACUUAUGUGCCUACCAGUAUUCCUUUAUUCAUAGAGAUGCUGGACUUCAGCUUUAAUUUCUUGCCUUCAUUACAAAAAAGUACAUUUCCCAGGCUGGAUUAUUUGAAAAGGCUUGAUCUCACAAGGUGCCACAUUCAGUAUAUUGCUGAUGAUGCUUUCCACAAUGUGAGGAAUGUGACUACUCUAAUUCUUACUGGGAACCCUGUCUCAUAUAUAGGACCUGAUGGUUUGAACUCUUUACUAAAACUACACAGAUUAGUUCUCGUGAACACCGGUCUGCACUCAUUAAAUAUUCAGCUUGAAAAUCUAACUGAACUACAAGAACUAAAAGCUGGAACUAACAACAUCCAGUCCAUUGCUCUUCCACCCUUUAUGAUAAACUUCAAUAACUUCUGCUUACUUGAUCUGCAUGUCAACAACAUAUCUACAAUAAAGCUAAAUCAAACAAGUGUGCUGCGAGGAAUGAGAGCAAAUAUCACUUUGAUCCUGUCUAGAAACCCAAUAUUACACAUAGAACCAGGAGCAUUUCAAGGCAUUUACCUUGAAGAGCUUAACAUAUUAGGUGCUUUUGUUUCUUCUGCGGCAAAGAGAGAUGGUCUCAAAGCUCUCAGAGGCCUUAAGGUCGGAAGACUCAGCAUUGGAAACUACAAUUUCAAGAAAACAAACGCUGCUGCAAAUUAUCUUGAUGGUCUUUGCUCUAUGAUUUUUAAAGAAAUAUAUUUGCUCCGAAUAGAAAAGUUUGUUUCUGAAGAUAUGUACACCUGUUUAAUCAAUGCAACAAAAAUCACUCUGAAUCAUUGCUAUAUAACAGCUAUGCAACAUGUCCCAUUUCCAAAUCUUAAAGAACUUUAUAUAGCUAACAGUGAAGAGCCAAUCGAACUUGAAAUUUACCAUCUACAUUCCUUAGAAAAACUGGUGGUGGUUGAAAAUAGACCAACAUUACUUAAAGGUUUAAAUUACAUGCCCAAUUUGCAGCAUGUAGAUCUGAGUAGAAAUAAUUUAGUUUUUAGUCAAUUUGACUGUUGUACACAGUAUUUUAUAGGGAUGCCAAACCUUCGCAGCCUUAAUCUGAGUGACAAUCAAAAUAUGUAUCUGAGCAAAAAUCCAUUUGCAGGAUUUUCCUCCAUUGAGAUCUUAGAUGUUCGCUUUACAAGAUUGGGAUUUCUAAGUAGGCAGUUUGAAUUGUUCAAAAACCUGAAGAAUUUAAAAUAUUUGGAUAUAUCAUAUUCUAGUAGCAAUAUUUUGAGAACUAUGACAUUUGGUCAUUUAAGCCAUCUACAAGUAUUAAAAGCAUCAGGGAACCAUUUCCAAGAAGAUGCAUUAAAUUAUGUAUUUGUAAACCUGACAGCUUUGGAAAUUCUUGAAAUCUCAGAUUGUGGAAUUCUGAACAUAGAGGCAAGAGCUUUUAAAGGUCUAACCAGACUCAAGCAUUUAUUUCUUAGUCAAAACAAGCUGGUGGUUUUGGAUUUUGUAACUCACCCAUAUGUAAAAAGCUUAACCAUGUUAAAUGUAGAAAGAAAUACAAUUUCAAGCAUCUCGAAUUAUGUUCUGCAAAAUCUACCCAAGAAUCUUUCUGUACUUGACCUGUCCUUUAAUCCUUUUGAUUGCUCUUGUUCACAAAUAGCUUUUAUAUCAUGGAUCACCAGCCAUCAACAUCUAAUUCAACAAUCAAAUAACCUUUUUUGUAGACAAUUGACACAGGGCUCAAAAAUUAGAGUCCUUGACUAUGACAUUGAAAGCUGUGAACACAUCAGAAGACUUACAAUUGUGUUAUCCAUAUGUGCUGUCACUGUUCUUUCACUUGGAGCUGUUUUGACCUAUAAGUUUCAGUUCUACCUGCGGUAUGGCUGUAUCCUGCUAAGAGGUUAUAAAGUCUCCAGACUGCAGGAAUUUUCUUAUGAUGCCUUUGUGAUCUACUCCAGCAAAGAUGAAUCCUGGGUAAUGAAUGAACUGUUGGAAAAUCUGGAAAAUGGGAUUCCACCCAUUCAGCUUUGUCUCCAUGUACGGGACUUUGAAGUAGGUAAAACAAUAACCUCCAACAUUAUAGAUGAAGGUAUCAUGGGUAGUCGUAAGAUUAUUGUGGUUGUUUCUCAACACUUUAUUGAGAGUUCAUGGUGUCGCUUUGAGUUUGAGGUAGCACAGUCUUGGCUGGUGAUGCAAGGCAAUGCCAACAUCAUCAUCAUCAUUUUGGAAGAUGUGGAGGAAGAGAAGACAAAGAAAGUAUUUGGACUUCAUAAACACCUGAAAAAGAAUACUUAUCUGAAGUGGAGUGGAAACCCUUUGAGUAAAAUGAGAUUCUGGAUUCGUCUUCGAAAAGCUAUUACUACUGGAAAUUGA